AUGUCUUGGGCGGGCUUCAAGAAGAAUGUCAACCGCGCUACGACGCAGGUGAUGAUGAAGACCGGCCAUGUCGAGAAGACAAAUGACCGGGAUUAUGAAGUUGAAGAAAGACGUUUCCGAACCAUGGAGGCGGCAUCGCUGCGGUUGCAGAAGGAGGCAAAGGGAUACCUCGAUUCUCUGCGAGCGAUGACGGCCUCACAAAUGCGUAUUGCCGAGACAAUCGAUGCCUUCUACGGCGAAGCCGGCGCUAAGGACGGCGUGAGCAGGAGCUACAAGCAAGCAGUAGAGGAUUUGGAUGCCGAAACGAUCAAGGCGCUCGACGGGCCAUAUCGGACGACAGUGCUAGAGCCCAUCUCGAGAUUUUGCGCCUACUUUCCCGAUGUGAAUGAGUGUAUCAAGAAGCGCAGCCACAAACUCCUCGACUACGACGCACUACGUGCCAAGGUUAAGAAGCUGGUCGAAAAGCCCGACAAGGACGUUACCAAGCUCCCAAGAGCGGAGAAGGAGAUGGACAUGGCCAAGGCAGCAUACGAACAGCUCAACGAACAAUUGUGCACGGAGCUGCCACAGCUCAUCGAUCUACGCGUUCCUUACCUUGAUCCAUCAUUCGAGGCACUUGUCAAGAUCCAAUUGCGGUUUUGCGCAGAGGCUUACAGCAGAAUGGCUCAGGUGCAGCAGUACCUAGAUGCGGACACUAGAGAUCAGUACGCCGAGGGCCACUUGGAUAGCAGAGUCGAACAGGUGCUACAGGAGAUAAGAGAACUGAGCAUUAGUGGGACUGUGUAA